AUGGCCGCUGUUACCUUCCAAUCGCUCAAUGCGCAAUACCUCGCGUAUCUUAUGCAAUACCCAUUAUUGACCAAAUCUGCCACCUCUGGUGUUUUCAACGGAUUGAAUGAAACUGUGUCAUCAAUAAUCACCAACGAGUACAAAGAGACCAAGAUUUGCGGUAUCAAGGUGAAACAUGUUUUCAGUGCAAAAUUGCUCAAGAUGAUCAUCUACGGGGCGUUGAUUGCGACGCCAAUAAGUCACAACAUGUAUGCUGUUAUUAACAAGAUCUACAAACCGCCGUUGACAAAGAAACAAAAAAUUUUGCAGUUGUUGACUAGUUUACUGACAGUGACGCCAACCAUUUCAGCGUGUUUUGUCUCGUGGAUCUCCAUUAUUAAUAACUACCAACGUACUAGUUGCAAUCCCAUUGCUGAGUUGAGAAAGAUUUUGUUUAUUGUCAAGGCAGGGUUAAAGAAGGGAUACUUGCCAGUUUUGAAAUCAUCAUUGACAACGUCAUUCUUUGCUUUGUUGGUGGCUCAAAAUUUCAUUAGACCUGAAUUGUGGGUGGUAUUUUUCAACUUGGUCUACUUUUGUUUGGGAACUUAUCAAAAUACCAAAUUGAAAAAAUUGCAAAAGCAACAGAGAUUGGCUGAGUCAGAGAAGUUGAAGGAGAUGGAGGAAAAGGAAAAGAAGAAUUGA